CAAGAUCGGUGAAAAAUCCAACCACAAAUUUCCCAUAUACAUAUGUACACAUAAUAUUCAAAUAUUAAGCAUACGCAGUGUGUGUUAGUGCAAGAUCAUUUAUCUCGAUGAGCUGCCGCGUGACUAUUUGCCGCAAUUGAAGUUUUUAAAGCAAAAUCAAAAUUUAAUCGAACUGUAGUUAAUAUACCAAAUUGCCAAAAAGAAACAGAAACAACAACAAAAAACGACGCAGAGCGCAGCUGUUGACGCCAACACAUGAAAUGUAGAUAUAUAUAUAUAUACGAGAAUACGUGUUUCGAAAAAAACAACAAAUAAAUAUAUGUAUACACACAAAGAGUUGGGGUAGACAACAAAACUCACCAUAAAUGCUUAAACUAAACUGGAACUUUAAGGCAUUAAAAUAGCAAUAAAAACAAAACCAAAAAAUGUUCAACUAACUUGAGGAGAGACGCGAUAAAGAGAAGCAAAUAUUGAGAGAGAGAGAGAGAGCAAAACAAAUAGAAACAAGUGUAAUUGGAAGUGCUAAAGAUAACGCUUAUCAGCUGAGUUCUCCACUCCUACGCUCAAUUGAAAACAAAACUCACCACAGCCCCAAAAUGGCCGACGAAGAUCUCAGCCCGUUGCCAUUUCGUCGCGAACGCAAUUUGAGUAACCGUAAUUUCAAUAAGCGCACUUCACGUCGACGCAUUAGUAAGCCGACGGAGGAACGUCAUAGUAGCACCGCCGCCUCGAACGAUAACAGCACGUCUUCCAGUUCAUCAAGUUCGUUUCAGUUGUCCAUAUCGAUAAAUUCCGAUACGGAGAGCGCUUUCAAUCGACGCUCUUUACUGAAAAUGCGCAAUCCAGAGGACAAGGAUGGGGAGGAAGUGGAAUUGCCAGCAACACCAACCACACCAGAUCCUGCACUCUUGGAUGUGCGACAGAAAGUGCAACGUUUCGAGACUCUUAAGACAACCAUCAAGUUUAUGCGACAAGAGAGAAAUAGUCUAAAAUUGCUCGAGAAUCGUCGUUAUCCAUCGUUUGAAGAGCAUGAGGUGGAACAUGAACAUGCCACACCACCGCCAGCGUCUCCAAGACGCAUAGCUCUGCCAGGAUUGCACCAGAGACUUAGCACCAAUCGUAGUAGUUCCAUACAAAGCAAUACACCAACCACGAGUAGCAUUAGUGAGGUACGUUCCGAGGAUGAAGUGGAUCAGAUAUCGGAUUUUGAAACCGAUCCAAAUGUCACUGUGGAUUAUGUGUUAAGUGAAAGCCAAUCGGAAGUUUUGCAUACUGCAACUGAACCACAGGAAUCACAGCAACAACAACAACAACAAGUGCUGCGUUCCAUAAGUGCCGAUCAAUCGGGAGAUAAGACUCUGUCUUUAAAAUUGCGACACGACAAGGAUUUCCCAAGAAACUAUCGCACCACACCGAGAAGAAAGACUGAAAUUAUUGGUACCACAAAUCAGCCCUUGGUGGGUAAAUUUCAUUCUGUCUAUCAGCCCAAGGAUGAUGAAGAGGAAGUGGAAAUCGAAUUGCGUGAUAAAAGCGACAAAUGUGUCCAUCCCAUUUUGGAGGAGUUGAUCAAAACCGAAGAGGCCUAUGUUAAUAAUCUCUUUACCGGCUUAGAAAACUAUGGCAAUAUAUUUCAACGCAAAGAUUUACCAUUGGGUUUACGGGGCAAGAAAUAUGAUCUAUUUGGUAAUAUUGAGGCAAUUGCUGAAUUUCAUCGUGAUGAGUUUUUACCCAUGUUGCAUAGAAAUCGUCGUGAUCUGAAACGUUUGUUUGAUGAAUUUUUGCAAUUUGUUGAUCAAAACUGUUUCUAUGGUUAUGUGAUCUUUACCAUGAACAAACAAAAGUCCCUUAAACUUUGUGAUCUAUAUAAAAAUUACUUUACAAGUAUACGAUUGGAACGUGAUGAUAAGCUGGGUAUCAAUAGUUUUCUAGUUCAACCUAUACAGCGUAUGGCGCGGUAUCCCUUGCUAUUAACACAAUUCAUCUCUACCUUCUUUAAAAAUCGUGAUAUUGUUAUGAAACCAUUGAUUGAAUCCUGUUGUCGCCUGGAGAAACGUUUUCGCACUAUAUUGACCACCACCAAUGAAUCAGAGACCAUUAAUGAUAUAGUUGAUUGUAAUGAGUUCAAUGUCUACUAUCAGGGUAAAUUUCGCAAAGUCAAUGAAUUCCAAGUAAUGGAUCAUAAACUGAAACGUAGCUAUCGUGCCAAAGUCUUUAUCUUUGAUAAAUGCAUUAUAUAUACGGAAAUCAAGGGCAAACAUUUGGUCUUUCAUGGUCGUUAUCCUUGUGAACAUAUUGGCAUAUCGGCGAAAACCAAAUCAUUUACCCUCUACUAUGAAAGGCGUAAGCAACAGGAAUGUGAAUUCACUGCCGAUCCAGCACAAAUUCUUCUCUGGUUGGAUUUUAUACGUGACAUGAUCAGCAGUUAUGCCAUUGAGGAGCGACAGAAGCUACAGGAGCGUUAUUCCCGUGAAAAUGAUCAUUUGCAUCGCAAAGCGCCAAGUUUCUCCCUCUAUCGUGAUUCGAAUCGUUUUAGCUCGGACAGUGGCAUUGGUAAUAUAUGGAUAAUGCCCAGACCCGAUGAGGAAACAGCCAGUAAUCGCACCACAUGGUAUGCAGCCACAUAGUUCUCAAUGGACGUGAAUGAAUGAAUCCAAAAAAGAAUCCCUUAAAUCAGAAUGAGAACUUUCAAUUCUUUUGGAGCUCGCUGUGUGAUAUUAGAGGCUUUGCAAUUGCCUAAUUGAGGGUGCUGCUCCAUGUGAACACAAACACAACACAACACAAAAACAGAGAAAGUUAACAGAGAAUUCAAGUUGAAUGCUAAAUCACCAAAUAUUUUGUUAACUAAGUUUAUUAGAUUCUAGUAUAUUCGUAUAAUCAUAAAUAAUAUAAAUUGUAUGUAUGAAUGUA